AUGACGCGUGAAUUGGAUCGUAAUGGUCUUGCGGGAUCCAUUGGAGACAAAAAUGCCCCACCAAAUGUUGUCCUACCUCCAUCACCACCCGAUCCAUCAGCAGUGAUCCCUCUCAAGUCUCACGACUGGAACACGAAGAACUUGCCUUGGCGAAUUACAUGUGAUGUGACCGCCGCAGCCUGCGCUUCGGGCCUCGUCUCACCUUGGAUAACGAUCAUCGAUCGCGCGAUCAUCGAGAAUGCCUCCAACCGCUCCACCCUCCGCACCUCCAUCCGCACCUCCAUCCGCUCCCUCCUCACCCGCCCCCACCUCUUCCUGACCUCGAAACCCGCGCUCCUGAUCUCAACCCUCUACUUCGGCACCUACGCCACCGCCAACAGCAUCGACACCGUCAGCAGCACCGUCUCGAACGCCUCUGCCCAAACCACCACGACCGGCCCUGCCAAAUUCCUCGCCACGACCAGCGUCAACAUGUCCCUCUGCCUCUACAAAGACAGCCAGUUCGCCCGCCUGUUCGGCCCACCGCCCGGCCUCGCGGGCGCGGCGGCGAGGACGAUCCCGAAAGCGAGCUACGCCCUCUUCGCGGCGCGGGACUCCCUCACCAUCUUCGCGUCGUUCAACCUCCCGCCGCUCAUCGCGCCCUGGCUGCCGAUGUCGGAGGGGGUGGAAAGGUCCGUCGGCAGGCUCGGCGUCGCGCAGUUCUUGGCCCCCGCGGGCAUGCAGCUGUUCAGCACGCCGUUGCACCUGUGGGGGUUGGAUCUGUACAACAGACCCACGGGCAGUGGUGCGCGGUGGAGGACGAGGGUGGCCAAAGUGGGGAGGGAUUGGUUGGGGAGCAGUUUGGCUCGGAUGGGCAGGAUUGUGCCGGCGUUUGGGGUGGGUGGGGUCGUUAACAGUGGGGUGAGGAGCAGGAUGAUGGGGAUGCUUGAGGGGUGA